ACUAUCUAUAUACAACAAUUUUAUAUAAACUAGAAAAAAAGAUCUCAAUUCUCUUUCUGUUUUUCGUCUGAAAAACAAAAAUGAACAACCAAAACCACUACCGUCCGCCGAUCAAAAGGUUCGGCAGCGGUAGCGGUAGCGGCGGAGAUCCAACAGCGGUACUUCAAACGGGUCAAGUUCAUUUCCGCUUACUCUGCCACGUCAGCACAGCUGGCGGAGUCAUCGGGAACUCCGGAGGUUUAAUUAGGCAGCUGGAAGCUCAAACCGGGUGCAGAAUCCGGUUUGAGGAACCGUUACCGAAUUGCCAUGAACGGGUUGUGAACAUCAUAGGUGAUUCGAUUAUCGAUAGGAAAAUCAGGAUAAGCUAUGAUGGGAGUAAUGAGGAAGUUGAGGUAGUGGAAGUUUCUAGAGCACAGGAAGGUUUGAUUCGGGUUUACGAAAGGGUUUUGCAGCUGGAAGGGAAUGGUGGAGCAGUUGGGUGCAGAUUGCUUGCGAUUUCUGGUCAAAUUGGAGCUUUAAUGGGAAAAGGUGGUGUAAUUGUGGAUGGUAUAAGGAAAAGUACAGGAGCUAAGAUUAAGGUUUUGACGAAAGAGCAGCUUCCAGCUUGUGCCAUCCCGGGAGAAGAAUUGAUUCAGAUAAUGGGUGUAAUUGCUGUGGUAAAGAGAGCAUUGGUUCAUGUUUCUCGGCGUCUUCAAGUUCGUUUACCAGCUGAGAGAUACAAAGACCAAGUUACUUCAAAAGGUGCAUCCCAUGAACAACCUGCGGACUAUCCUCUGGAUACCAAAUCCUCAAUACAACCUUUGCCGAGAAAUGCCAUUAAUCAUUCUUCAGUAGCCCAUUCAUUGUCAUCCAAUGUUGAUAGAGUUCUGAAUCUGGAUUCUGACUCUACUCAAAGAAAAGUAGUCUUUAGAUUGCUUUGCUCUUAUAUCUCUGCUGGAGGUGUGAUUGGUAAGGGUGCCCAUAUUGUCAAAGCUCUAGAGAAAGAUACUGGAGCUUCUAUAAAGUUUUCCACUCCAACAGUACGGUCAAAAGAGCGUGUGGCCAUCAUAUCUUCGCUUGAAGUUCGGAAGCCAUUGUACUCGCCUGCACAAGUUGCCACAGAUCGAGUGUUUGAAAGAUCUGUAGAAGUUAGCCGUGAACAUGGACACAUUAAGGCUGGCUCAAUAAGUGCAAGAAUCUUAGUUGGGCCGCAUGAAGUUAAAUGCCUCCUUGAUGAAAAGGGAAUAGUUUCAUUGGAUAUAGGUUCAGCGAUGGGGGUUGAAGUACAGCUAUUGGAUGCAGAGAACGCUCCAAACUGUGCUGCAGAGAAUGACAAAAUAGUGCAGAUCAUUGGCGAGCAUGAUAACGUGAGGAAUGCCCUUAUUCAACUUACUGGUAGGCUGAGGGAAAUGGUCUUUUCCAGCUUGGUUUCUGAAGGAGCAGUACCUACAAACUAUUCUUGUUCUUCGCGCUCCGAGAGCAGUAAACAUGAAUUUGGUACUAGUAUGCCUUCUCAGCCGAAUCACUUGUCCAGCUUUUCUUCUCUUUACCAAACGGAUCACCUUGGCUUUGGACCAAAUCUUGGUGGUCCUCAUACAUUGUUACAGGACAAGUUCAAGGAUAGAUUGAAUAGCAAGAUGGGCAAGCCGGUCAAACAAAGCAUGGGUGGCUGGAAGAGUUCUCAUGGUGGACGUGAGAGUGGAAGGAUGGAUGAGAAUGAGACAGCAAGCAAACCCGUCGUGAUAAAUGUUCCAAAACAAAAAUUUGGUUCUGUUUAUGGUGAGGAUGGUUCCAAUUUGACUCGACUGAAAGAGAUCUCUGGAGCCACAGUUGUCCUACAAGAUCCAGGUCCUGGAGAAUGUGAUGGAAAGGUGAUCAUUUCCGGUACACCUGAACAGAUCCAGAUUGCACAAAGCCUUCUUCAAGCCUUCAUCUUCUUGUAAUCAGUGCUCCGGGACAUAGACUGACCAAGAAUAUAGAUGCUACCUUAUAUGUCGAUAAGAGUAUUUCUUCGUCAUUAGAAAAUAGUGAUGGUGCAUUUGGUGACCUGUAAGUAUGCAUGCUCCAU